GUAGAACGUGUGGCGGCGGCCGAGAUCGCGUCUCCUCUUUUGCUCCUAGUCCCGCCGCUGCUCCAGUGUGCGCCUAGCGCGUCCACCCCGUCCGUCGUCCGUAGCCUGUCGCCCGCCUGCCCCUCGUCGCGGCCACCCUCUCACCAGCUCCGACACCCACACUGACACCUCCAGACCGGCCGGCCGCCCCACUUGCAGCCUUUCCAGCUCCACACAUGGCCUCCUCCGCGCAGAGCGGCGGCUCCUCCGGGGGACCCGCGGUCCCCACCGUACAGCGGGGCAUCGUCAAGAUGGUCCUGUCAGGGUGUGCCAUCAUUGUCCGGGGGCAGCCCCGCGGUGGUCCUCCUCCCGAGAGGCAGAUCAACCUCAGCAACAUCCGUGCUGGAAAUCUCGCCCGCAGGGCUGCUGCCACACAGCCUGAUGCAAAAGACACCCCCGAUGAGCCCUGGGCAUUUCCUGCUCGAGAAUUCCUUCGAAAGAAGCUGAUCGGGAAGGAAGUCUGUUUCACGAUAGAAAACAAGACUCCCCAGGGACGAGAGUAUGGCAUGAUCUACCUUGGGAAAGAUACUAACGGAGAAAACAUUGCAGAGUCACUAGUGGCAGAGGGCUUGGCCACCCGGCGGGAAGGCAUGAGAGCCAAUAACCCUGAACAGAACCGACUUGCAGAAUGCGAGGAACAAGCAAAGGCAGCAAAGAAAGGGAUGUGGAGCGAGGGGAACGGUUCACAUACCAUCCGGGACCUCAAGUACAUCAUUGAGAACCCAAGGCACUUUGUGGACUCACACCACCAGAAGCCUGUCAAUGCUAUCAUCGAGCACGUGCGGGACGGCAGUGUGGUCAGGGCCCUGCUCCUCCCUGAUCACUACCUUGUUACGGUCAUGCUGUCGGGGAUUAAGUGCCCAACUUUUCGUAGAGAAGCAGAUGGCAGUGAAACACCAGAGCCUUUUGCCGCAGAAGCCAAGUUUUUCACGGAGUCGCGACUGCUUCAGAGAGAUGUUCAGAUUAUUCUGGAGAGCUGCCACAACCAGAACAUUCUGGGCACCAUCCUUCAUCCAAAUGGCAAUAUCACCGAGCUCCUCCUGAAGGAAGGUUUUGCGCGCUGUGUGGACUGGUCGAUUGCAGUUUACACCCGGGGUGCAGAAAAGCUGAGGGCAGCUGAGAGGUUUGCCAAGGAGCGCAGGCUGAGAAUAUGGAGAGACUAUGUAGCUCCCACUGCUAAUUUGGACCAAAAGGACAAGCAGUUCGUUGCCAAGGUGAUGCAGGUCCUGAAUGCUGAUGCUAUUGUUGUGAAGCUGAACUCUGGAGACUACAAGACCAUCCACCUGUCCAGCAUCCGGCCCCCCAGGCUGGAGGGGGAGAACACACAGGAUAAGAACAAGAAACUGCGGCCCCUAUAUGACAUUCCCUACAUGUUUGAGGCCCGGGAAUUUCUUCGAAAAAAGCUUAUUGGGAAGAAGGUCAAUGUGACUGUGGACUACAUUAGACCAGCCAGCCCAGCCACGGAGACGGUACCUGCUUUUUCCGAGCGAACCUGUGCCACUGUCACCAUUGGAGGAAUAAACAUUGCUGAGGCCCUUGUCAGCAAAGGUCUAGCCACGGUGAUCAGAUACCGGCAGGAUGAUGACCAGAGAUCCUCACACUAUGAUGAGCUGCUGGCUGCCGAGGCCAGAGCAAUUAAGAAUGGCAAAGGAUUGCACAGCAAGAAGGAAGUGCCCAUCCACCGAGUCGCAGACAUCUCUGGGGACACCCAGAAAGCAAAGCAGUUCCUGCCCUUUCUGCAGCGGGCGGGCCGCUCUGAGGCAGUGGUAGAAUAUGUCUUCAGUGGUUCUCGCCUCAAACUCUAUUUGCCAAAGGAAACUUGCCUGAUCACCUUCUUGCUGGCAGGUAUCGAAUGUCCCAGAGGAGCCCGAAACCUCCCAGGCUUGGUGCAGGAAGGAGAGCCAUUCAGCGAGGAAGCCACACUUUUCACCAAGGAACUGGUACUGCAGCGAGAGGUGGAGGUGGAGGUGGAAAGCAUGGAUAAAGCCGGCAACUUCAUCGGCUGGCUGCACAUGGAUGGCGCUAACCUGUCCGUCUUGCUGGUAGAGCAUGCGCUCUCCAAGGUCCACUUCACUGCCGAGCGCAGUGCCUACUACAAACCCCUUCUGUCAGCUGAGGAGGCCGCCAAACAGAAGAAAGAGAAGGUGUGGGCCCACUAUGAAGAGCAGCCCGUUGAGGAGGUCACGCCUGUGCUGGAGGAGAAGGAGCGGUCCGCCAGCUACAAGCCAGUGUUUGUGACCGAGAUCACUGAUGACCUGCACUUCUACGUGCAGGAUGUAGAGACUGGCACCCAGCUGGAGAAGCUGAUGGAGAACAUGCGCAAUGACAUCGCCAGCCACCCCCCUGUCGAGGGCUCCUACGCCCCUCGCCGAGGAGAGUUCUGCAUUGCCAAAUUCGUAGAUGGAGAAUGGUACCGUGCCCGAGUAGAGAAAGUCGAGUCUCCUGCCAAAGUGCACGUCUUCUACAUCGACUACGGCAACAGAGAGAUCCUGCCAUCCACCCGCCUGGGUACCCUGCCACCUGCCUUCAGCACUCGUGUGCUGCCAGCUCAAGCCACGGAGUAUGCCUUCGCCUUCAUCCAGGUGCCCCAAGACGAGGAUGCUCGCACAGACGCCGUGGACAGCGUGGUCCGGGACAUCCAGAACACUCAGUGCCUGCUCAACGUGGAGCACCUGAGCGCCGGCUGCCCUCACGUCACCCUGCAGUUCGCAGAUUCCAAAGGCGAUGUGGGCCUGGGGCUGGUGAAGGAGGGGCUGGUCAUGGUGGAAGUGCGCAAGGAGAAACAGUUCCAGAAAGUGAUCACAGAGUACCUGAAUGCCCAGGAAUCAGCCAAGAGCGCCAGGCUGAACCUGUGGCGCUACGGGGACUUCCGAGCAGACGACGCGGACGAGUUCGGCUACAGCCGCUAAGGUGGACCGUGCCUGGCCCCCAGCACCGCUCACGCCAGACCCUCUUCCUCUGCCAGGAGGGCGUUGUCAACUCCAGACCUGGUGUGGGGGCUUGUAGAUGGGUCCAGCUUUGCUUCAGUGUGUGGAAACAUCCUGCAUAAUGGGUGAUAUCAGGGCUGAGGGCAGAGAGCCCACGGCUUGCUGGGGGUAGGCUGUCAGUGACGGCACUGCCACCUCACAGUCUCUCCCAGAUGAUUUUGUACUUUUAUUUGGGGGGUUGUGGUUUUUUAAAAAAUUGUCUUUAAAUCAGGAAAGAACCAUGAAAGACUUUGUCCUAGAGAAGGGGGUACUCAUGACACCUGAGGCCAGCCACCAGCUGGCACCCACCUCUACCCCAGACUGCCCUUCUUUCCCACCUUUGUCAAGUGUUGAUUAUGUGAUUUCUUUCAUGUGUCUAGUCUCAAAUGCCAAUGUGCACAUCUGCCCCCUCACCAGUCUGUUCUGUAUUUAAAGCUUUUAAGACCCAAUAAAAUAGUACCUGCUGUCUGCA